AUGGAAACAAUAGUUGAUCUCAAUGAGUGUCUUCGUGACUCUCCACAAUUUCGGAUGACUUUGGAAAAACACGAAACUGAUAUGGACUUGUUUGAAAAGACCAUUUCUGAGGUUCUCAGGCAGUGUACGUCGAUGAUCGAGAUGGGCAAGCAGUUUAUACGAACCAAAAACAACUUUAUCGCCUCGCUGGUCAAUCUGAGCCAAUGUUUCAGCAGCGAUGAUGCCAUGGUCAAGUACAUAAAUCGCUUCAUAUCUACAUUCUACGAAAUAUCCAAGUACGACACUAUCUUUAAUGAACAACUCAACCGAACCAUCAACGAAAAUCUGUGCAACUUUCUCCACGACGACAUUGGCACAAUCAAAGAGUUGAAGCGGCGGUUUGAAAAACGCAGCGAUGAUCUGGAUCUUGUUUUUAAUCGCUACUCACAGGUGCCCAAAGGAAAAGUGACAGAGAAUCACAUUUUACAAGCCGACUCUGAGGAGGUUUGUAAGCAGUGGCUGACGGCACUGCAGGCCGGAAUCGACGCUGCCUACAACAGCAAUCGAGAGGGCAAUGUGCACUCAUUUGAGCACCCCUACAACCCUCGCAGCAGUAUGGUGGACGCCUCUUCAGUUGACUCGCUCUCCACCAGCGCCUCAUCCUCCACCAAUCACAGUGGCAGCAAUCAGAAUGCGAGCGGGGGAGUAGGCGGCGGCGGUACGAGCAUCUUCACCAAUUCGCAGCUGUCAGGUGCCAGCAGCAAUCACCUCAUAUCAAAGACUGAUUGCGCAAAGAUACUGAGCGUGCCUGGAAACGACAAGUGCGCCGACUGUGGAUCUGCCGAGCCGAUUUGGGCGAGCAUCAACCUGGGCAUUACGCUGUGCAUUGAGUGCUCAGGGGUGCACCGGUCGCUGGGUGUUCACGUGAGCAAGGUUCGCUCGCUCAACCUAGACCAUCUCGACUGUGAACAGGUGAAUGUAAUGCUAGAGCUGGGAAACAAGGUCAUCAAUGAGAUCUACGAAGCCAAGUGGCCUCUAGUGAGUCACAACAGCUCGGCGGUGACCACGGCGGCUGCAGCAACAAUACCGGCGAACACUGACGCACCUGAUGUCAAGUCCUUUGAGGUCAUCGGCUCUCCGGAUGAUAGUGCGAGAUUCAACUCUGAGUUUUAUGUUGUCAGUCCGGAGAACCAGACAGUGAACAGCGAAGGCACCUCGCUACUGUCGGAACAUUCGAGCACCAGCUUAAUAGCUAGCAACAGCAGUCCGCCAGCAGCAGCAGUAGCAACUCAAAAAAUGCAAUNUCAGACAGUGAACAGCGAGGGCACCUCGCUGCUGUCGGAACAUUCGAGCACCAGCUUAAUAGCCAGCAACAGCAGUCCGCCAGCAGCAGCAGUAGCAGCUCAAAAAAUGCAAUCUCCACUAGUAAAAAUUGAGCCCAACAGCUCUCGGGCUGAUCGUGUAAGGUGGAUUCGUGCCAAGUACGUGGACAAGCUGUUUGUCGACAAGUCUGUCGAUUUGAAGAUUUCACUUGAUACUGAAAAGUCAAGGGAAGGUUUAGCAGCACCCGAGUCACCAAAGAGCCCUGAAUCGCCUGACAGCAGCAGCAGAACGCCAACUGGCCCAGUGUCACUCAUCAACUCGGCCGCCUUCAGGAUGAUUCACUCCAAAGUGGUGACACUGCUCUCCACGCCGGAGUACUUGGAGAUGAUUCAGCAGUCGGAGAGCGGCAACCUGAUCGACAUUUACUACAAUCUGCUGCUCUACGAGGCUGCCUCCACUUGUGAGCUGAAGGUAAUGGCACUGGCACUGGCGGCUGAUGCCUCCGUCAACUGGCAGAAUCAGCUGGAGAAGGGACGAAGUGCCCUGUACCAAGCGAUUCGCAGUGAGACAAUGACCGCCUGCGAGUUUCUCCUUCUGAACGGAGCGAAAUGUAAUACUACGGACGCCGAAGGCAGCACGGCACUGCAUCAUGCCACACGAAUUGCCAACACUGGACUGCGCUUGAAGAAGCUAAAAGAUGAAAUGAGAAAUGACGAGCUUGGUAGCCAAAGCGAGGACACCUUCAACGAAGUGCUGCGCGACUUUUCUCGGGUACAGAUCAUGAGCGAGUCUACGCUGAAAGCCAACAACAGCAGUAGCAGCAGCAGCUCGACCACUCCACACCGCUAA